UCGGCGGCGGAGGUGGGUGCCUGCGGGAGGAACCAGAGCCUGCCCUGCGCCCAGGCCGCCUCCGGCCUCUCCAGCUACAGGUUUGUCUUCAUGCUGGGGCAGUUCCUGCACGGGAUGGGAGCCACCCCCCUCUACACGCUCGGCGUCACCUAUUUAGACGAAAACGUCAAGACCAACUACUCCCCUGUGUACAUUGCUGUGUUCUACACUGCUGCAAUCCUUGGCCCUGCAGCGGGUUAUCUGGUAGGAGGAAUGUUUCUAAAUAUUUAUACUGAAAUUGGCAGAGAGGUGGAGAUCACCCCGGAGAACACGCUGUGGGUGGGGGCCUGGUGGAUCGGGUUCCUCGGGGCUGGAGCAGCCUCCCUCCUCAUCUCCAUCCCCAUCCUGGGCUACCCCCAGCGCCUCCCAGGGUCCCAGAGGUACAUCGUUAUGAGGGUCUCAGAGGCUCAUCAGCUGAAGGAUGGGAGCCACAAAAAAGCCUCAGAUCCGGACUUUGGGAAAACAGUUAAAGAUCUGCCUCGAUCAGUACUGCUGCUUCUGAAGAACCCCACCUUCAUCUUCCUCUGCUUGGCGGGAGCAACUGAAGCCACCCUCAUUGCUGGGAUGUCCACGUUUGGGCCCAAGUUCCUGGAGUCUCAGUUCAGUUUAAGUGCCUCUGAAGCCGCUACCUUUUUUGGUUAUCUGGUCGUGCCAGCUGGAGGGGGAGGCACAUUCCUGGGAGGAUUCCUUGUGAAUAAAUUUAAACUCCGUUGUUCAGGAAUCAUCAAGCUGUGUUUGCUUUGCACAGUGUCAAGUCUGCUGGCUAUAUUCAUCUUUUUUAUUCACUGCCCUAACAUGCCAAUGGCAGGAGUAACCCAGAUGUAUGAUGGAAGUGCUUUGCCUGGUGGCCACCUGAACCUGACAGCAGCCUGCAAUGCUGAGUGUGGCUGUCUACAGGAGACCUACAGCCCUGUCUGCGGGAGCAAUGACAUCAUGUAUUACUCCCCCUGCCAUGCUGGGUGCAAAAAAGUGUCCGAAAACCUCAGGAGUGGCAAGAAGGUCUAUCAGGAGUGUAGCUGCAUUGAGAAACCCCUCCUGCCUGGCCCUGGCAGUGCAGAGGCAGGGAAAUGCAGUUCCUCUUGUGCCAAAAAGCCCCUGCUCCUGCUCUUCAUGUUCGUGGUGAUCCUCUUCACCUUCCUGAGCAGCAUUACUGCCCUGACUGCCACUCUGCGGUGUGUCUCUGACAGGCAGAGGUCGUUUGCACUCGGGAUCCAGUGGAUCGUAGUACGAACACUAGGAGGCAUCCCUGGCCCCAUUGCCUUUGGGUCCAUGAUUGAUAAGUCCUGCCUGCUCUGGCAGGACCAGUGUGGGGAGCAAGGUUCUUGCUUCAUCUACCAGAACUCAGCCAUGAGCCGAUACACCCUCGUCGCUGGACUGGUCUACAAGGUGCUUGGGACAAUCUUCUUUGUAGUUGCCUGUUUACUCUACAAACCUCCACCAGCAGAGUCAGCCCCGGGCAGCUCGGACACAUCCGAAAAUGGGAACUGUGACCACCAGGAACACAAACCUUCACUGCCAGCUGGAGAGGACAUAUAG